CAAAGCUCUGGAAGGCAGAACAUUGAUCCAGGAUGACACCCAGAACAGGAUUAUCACCAUUACCAUGAAGAAGCUGCAGGCCCAGGACAGCAGCAUGUACGCAUGUGAGUUCUACAGACGCUCUCGUCCCACCCACAUAAUGGAAGUCCAGCUCUCUGUGUCCAAGAGGACCCAGCAAUACUCAGCCAAGGAAUUGGGAAAUGUCUCUGUCCAGUGUCUAUACAACGCCACGGACUAUGGGGCUGUAAGCAAAGCCUGGUGCAAAGAGGAAGAUGGGAAACCAUGUACCAUACUGGCCUACACAAAUUGGAGUACUUCAAGGACACCUCAGCAAGGCAGAGUGACAAUGCAGGACAACACCCAGCAGGGGAUUGUCACCGUCACCAUGGAGAAGCUGCAGGCACAGGAUUCCGGCGUGUACUGGUGUGCGCUUUAUGAGCACAAUCAUCUUUUCCGAAUGGUGGAGGUUACGCUCAAUAUUUCUGACGCACUGGAUGAAACAACUUUGUCAGGUACUGCAGGCACAAGUCCAACAACCCUUUCUGGCAACACCACAGCACUGAGCUCAAAUGUAAAUACCAUCAUCCUAAUCUCUGGAGUCCUGAGCAUUCUGUUCAUCCUGGCGCUCAUCAGCUCAGUAACACUGUGCGUCAGGCGACGCAAGCAGCUGAAGAGAAGAGGUACCAGACAAGAAGAGGACAUCUAUGAGAAACCAGAGGACAUAGCACAGCUUGAUGGCACUGAAAGAAUAGAAGGUCCCAAUGAUGACAGCAAAGACCUCAAAUAUGUUACCCUGAACUUUAAAUCCCGACUCAGCUCUGAGGAUCCUCUCUACUGUAAUGUUGAACCAAGUCAGGCUCACAGGAAAGCCGAAGAUGAAAAUGUGGAAUAUGCUGUCAUUGCACUCAAGCAGUUAUCAACAAAUGACAAAGGAUGA